AUGACUCUAACCCAGCUUCUUUGUUUGCCCUUGCUUUUUGCAGUCUUCGUUUUGGGGGCGUCGCGGACCAGUCCGCCCAGUGGCGCCAUUGUUGUUCGAGCGGGGACGACAACAUCUGGAGAAUUCUCCACACUUGCCGCAGCGGUUGCUUCUCUUCCCAACGACAGCAGCUCCCGCUCUAUUUUCAUCUAUCCUGGCACCUAUUCUGGUCAGGUCUAUAUUACCCGCUCAGGACCGCUGACUGUCUACGGCUAUACUUCUGACACGUCGACCUACAACGGGAACCAGGUCAACAUCGUCGCUGCCGGAAAUGCUACGGCUGCGGGCUCAGACGACGCUAGCGGGACCCUGCGUAUCCAUAAAAAUGACUUUGCCAUGUACAAUGUCAACGUGAAGAACACCCUUGGUGCUGGCGUACAAGCUAUUGCAAUCAGCCAGUAUGGCUCGCGGGUUGGUCUUUACGGAUGCGGGUUUUAUGGGUAUCAAGACACACUCUAUGCGAAUCAGGGAACCCAGGUCUAUCUAAAAGGCUACAUUGAGGGCGCGACAGACUUCAUAUUUGGCCGCUCUGGAACUGCUUACUUCGGCGGCAACACGAUUGGCGUCAAGGGCCCCGGGUACAUAACCGCAAGUGGAAGAACCUCCAACGACGCAUUCAGCUACGUGUUCAACCAAAACACUAUCGUUCUUGCCUCUGGUGCCGCCUCUAACACUACUGGGAAGUUUUAUCUCGGUCGGCCAUGGGGAAAUUAUGCAAAAGUUAUCUUUAAAAACACAGUGAUCAACCCAACAAUCAACAAGGCGCUCUGGUCAGUCUGGUCGUCAUCCAGCCCCAACACGGAUUCGGUCUUCUUCGCAGACUACAACACUUCUGGCGGUGGCGCCUCCGGUCUCUCCCGAGCGAGCUUUGCGACCGCACUGAGUGCAAGUCAGGCAGCAAGUUAUACGAUUUCCAGUGCUGUAGGGAGCGAUUACGCGUCCUGGGUAGAUGCAGCUUAUGUUGUUUAA